AUGGUUGAUAUGCAGUGCCUGUCCACACUCCCCGACCGACUCUUGGUUGCACGUUCCCACUCUUUCGGCGACUGCGGAGUCGGCACCUGUUGGGGCCGUGGUGCACCUAGUAACUUAGCUUGUGAUUUGGCCGAUGACGGGACUGAAGUGCCACCCAGAAUGGAGGAGCCGACCUGCCACAACAGCCAACGCACUUAUUGCACCCGGCGCCAAGGGCUCAACCUAACCCUACCUAAAGAACCGCAGUGGCAUGGUUACGAGUCUCUGAAACACCUGUUCAGACUACGAGUUGAGCAGGUGGGGAAGACAAAGUUGGGACCCUGGGAGACUGGGGCGGAUUCUGGACUCUCUUGCCUGGUAUCAACCUCUUACUGGCUUGGAAUUGGGCCUGACGGACUCUACAUCUUACGGGUACACAGGAAGAGAAAAUUUGUUUAG